CGCAAUCUUUUUUCCUGUCUACUUACUCUUCGUACCAUGGCGAAGGUUCAAAAGAAAACGGGGAAGGGUCGCCUGGACAAGUACUACAAACUCGCAAAAGAACAAGGAUAUCGAGCACGUUCGGCAUUCAAACUCAUUCAACUUAACAAAAAGUACGCAUUUUUGGAGUCAGCGAGAUGCUGUAUCGAUCUCUGUGCCGCACCUGGAGGAUGGCUUCAAGUUGCCAGUAAAUAUAUGCCCAUUAAUAGCGUUAUUGUUGGUGUCGACCUUGUGCCGAUCAAGCCCAUUCCUCGAGUGGUGACAUUCGCUUCCGAUAUCACUUCACCCCAAUGCCGGAAUCUCCUUCGGGGGGAGCUGAAGGACUGGAAAGCCGAUGUUGUUCUUCACGAUGGUGCCCCCAAUGUGGGAACUGCGUGGAUUCAAGAUGCCUACAGUCAAUCUGAGCUCGUCUUAAUGAGUUUGAAGCUAGCAGUGGAGUUCUUGAUAAAGGGUGGAACAUUUGUGACCAAAGUUUUUCGCAGUGCAGACUACAACAACCUCAUUUGGGUAUUCAAUCAGUUGUUUGGAAAAGUAGAAGCGACGAAACCUCCUUCAUCCAGGAAUGUUUCCGCAGAAAUUUUCGUCGUAUGCAGGGAUUUUUAUGCGCCUAAACACAUUGACCCCAAGUUCCUCGACCCCAAACAUGUCUUCAAGGACUUGGCUGCUUCGGUAUCCGACAGCGCUGACAAGGGUAUUAUUAACAGUCAUGCCCAAGCCAAUGUCUUCCAGCCGGAAAAGAAACGACGGAAACGAGAUGGUUAUGCUGAUGGAGAUUAUACUUUGUUCAAAGCAUGUUCUGUCUCGGAAUUCGUGAAAAGCCCGGAUCCUAUCUCCGUACUCGGAUCCGUGAACAAAAUUAUAUUCGAGACUGAGGAAGAGGAAACAUGGUUGGGCCUGCCCAUUACUACAGCGGAUGUAAGAGUGAAUCUGGAUGAUCUAAAGGUUCUAGGCAGGGGUGAUUUCAAGGCUUUGUUAAAAUGGAGAUCUGCUCUGCGAGAAGAACUCGGUAUAGAUGUCAAGACUAAGGAAACAGAGGAAAUAACCGAAGCCGUAGAAUUAACAGAGGAGGUCGAUGAGGAGCAGCAAAUCCAGGACGAGUUGGAGCGGCUCAACGCAGAGGCUGCAGCACGAAAUAAGCGGGAACGAAGACGAGCCAAUGAAAUACGUACUCGAACUAUGCAACGGAUGCAGCUUCAAAUGACCGCUCCACUAGACAUUGGCUUGGACCAGCAAGACGCCUCCCUCGGCAUUGGCCGAGAUGAUGUCUUUGACUUGAAAACCACCGAAAAUCAUCUACGGCAGCGGGGGUAUCUCACAAGAUUUGCUAACGGUGAGGGUAGUGACGACGGUGACAUCGACGCCGCACAGAUUAGUGGUGACGAGCCCGAAGUUUUAGAUUCCGAGGAGGAAAAAGAGAGAAACCUACAAGGCUUAGAGAUGGAGUUGGAUGGGCUGUAUGACGCUUACCAAGAUCGCCUACGUGAACGCGACGCAAAAUUCAGAGUCAAGGAAGCGAGGGAGAAAAAUGCACACAGAGAAGAAUGGGGAGGGAUUAAAGGGUCUGAGAACGAAAAUUGCGAUGAAGAAUCGGGAAGUGAGGACGGCGGCUACGAUGUACUGCAGCAGGUCAAGGAUGACAAUGAGAGUUCUGAUGAUGAGAGCGUCAUCAACGGCGCUCCAUCGAAGAAGCGUCGGCGCACCGACGAUACUACUGAUGGCUCUAAAAGGACCCGUUUAGUUACGAAGCUGCAGGAGCCUGGUAAUCAGGCGGCCAGUGUCUGGUUUAGCCAAGAUGUGUUCGCAAAUAUGGACAACCUAGACGAUAUUUCUGACGGAGAUGAAUCUGACGGUACUGAGGGGAGCUUCCAGGUGUUAGAAACGCAGCAUGGCGACGACGACGAUGAUUUUGAAAUCGUUCCAGUACAGGAAAAUGAUGUAGACAUGUGGGAUGCUGAAAGCAAAAAUGAAGUUGAGACGAAGCAAGCUAAAAUCAAAUCUUUGGGACUGGUAACACCCGAAGCUGUCACGCUUGCUCAGCAGCUAGUCAAUCGCGAAAAGACACGGACACAACUGAUCAAUGACGGUUUUAAUCGCCACUCCCUCAACUCCAAGGAUGGACUUCCAUCGUGGUUUCUGGACGACGAAUCUAAACACUACAAACCAAAUUUACCGGUCACAAAGGAAGCCGUUGCUGCUCUUCGGGCCAAACAGCGCGCUUUAGAUGCUCGUCCUAUCAAGAAGAUAGCCGAAGCUAAAGGCCGAAAGAAAUUCCGAGCGGCACAGAGAUUGGAGAAGGCGAUGAAAAAGGCUGAAGGCGUUAAUAACACUGCUGAUAUGACAGAGAGAGAGAAGGCGCAGCAAAUUGAGAAGCUCAUGCGGAAAGGGAUGUCUUCCGGAAAGAAAGCCAAGAAAGAGGUGAAGGUUGUCGUCGCAAAAGGUGACCACAAAGGAGUCAAGGGACGACCGAAAGGCGUCAAAGGCCGAUACACCAUGGUGGACUCCAGAAUGAAGAAAGAGGUCCGAGCAAAGAAGCGUAUCGAGAAAGCCAACAAAAAGCGGAAGCGCACUUAGACAGUUUUUGUGGACCAGUAAUAGUCUUACAGUCUGUGCAUACACAUUGAUAUGUGGGGUGUCUAUUAUUUAAAGUAUGUUUGCGUAUAAUCAAAAUUCAAAAUCUUUCAGUCUCGAGAUCUUCAGCUGACCCUUCUAAUGUCGAAGUAGGAGGGGUGACACGAAAAGAG